UGGAAUUCCUGCGGCGGUGCCGGCUCGUCAUGCUGGAGGAGGAGUGCCGUCGGGACAGCUCCAGAAAUCCGCUGCAGACUCUCCGUUUAUAGACUUAAAAAACCACAGUUUGGACACCAUGAGUUCACCCCCUUCAGACAACAUCACUUCCAGGGAAGCUAAUCGCUCAGAUAAUGAUAUAGAAGAGUUCCAGUUGUCUCAGGAUAGAAAUCAACUAGAAAUGGACACCGUUGAAGAUCUGAGAAGAAAACUCCAUAGGCUGGAGAAAAGAAAUUUGGAAUUACACAAUCAACGCAAUCAAGAGAUAUCUCACUAUGAAAAAGAAAUAGUGAAAUUAAGGUUGAAACUUGAGAGAGGAGAAGCUCUUCAUCAACAUCUGGAGAAUGAAAUGUCAUUAGCUAGAAAAGAGGCUCAUAUACAGAUGCAUUCUGCAGAGGAAAAGCUGUGGGAUGUAAAAAGCAAAGUUUUGGAACUUCAAGUACUCAAUGACGAAUACCAGCAGAAAGCAGCAGAGACUGAAAAAAUUGUUCAAAGUGCUCAGAGGCAGUGGGAAGAGGAGAAACAAAGAUUUGCAGUGGAGAGGGAAAACAUCCACAGAGUACACCUUGCUGAACUGGAAUUCCUUUUCAAAGAAAAAACUGAAGCAGAAAUGGCUUGUCAGAAAACUAAUGCUGCCCUGCAAAGCAUGCUCAGGAAUUUUAAGGAUAUGGAGGUUGAGCACCAUGGCUGCAACAAGAUGCUGAGGCUCCAGGCCGACCGCCUGGAUUUCAAGGAUAAACAGCAGGAGAGGCUCAUCAAAGAACUGGAGGCAGCUACACUGAAAAUAAAGGAACUGGAGGGAAACACUGCAGCAGCAAGACUAGCACAUAUAGAAUGUAAAUACACUACAGAAACCAUGCAGUUGAGAAUUCAAGAACUUGAAGAUGCUUUGAAUGAAGAGCAGCGUGGCAGGAGAGAAGUUUUUUCAGGGGUAGCAAGGAAAGAUUUCAGAGAGUCAGAAAAUGCACAUGAGAGAGGAAAAAAAGUUUUACAAAGACACCAUUCGUCCUUAAAUGUGCAAUGGAGAGACGAGGCUGAGGAAAGGAAGGAAGCUGAAGAAUCCUCUGGGACAUUAGUGGAUGCUACAGCCAGCUUCACCCUGCAUGAAGGCUCAAUAAGGGAGCUGUCCAUCCUCUUAAACUUAUACCAGAGCAUGGCAAACGCCCACGUGCUCGCCAAACAUUCAGACGUCGCCCUGGAAGAGUUACCUUGGACAGAGCUUUGUGCACUCUUGCGUGAGAAUGUUGAAGCCCUGAUCUUGAACUUCCACAAGGCUAACGAGAGGAUAUCCCACCUAGAAUAUAUUUGCAAGCACAAAACUGACACUAUGAACAACCUUCAGCAGAAGCAGGAGGAGGCUUUUGAGAAAAUGUCUGAACAGUUAAAAGCACAGGAACAUUGCAGGCAGAAAGAAGAGCAAUAUCUUGAAGAGCAGUACUCCAAUAUCCUUGCAGAAGUUCAUGCAAGAGCACAGGAAUGUGAAGAAACAGCGCAGAAAACCAGGCAAAAACUGUAUGGCCUUGAACAAAUCUGCGAGAAACUGGCCCACGAAAACAAUUCCAUGACAGAUACAUUAGCAAAUGCUCACAAGGCACGCUCAUCCCUACUGGCAGCCUGUGCACUGCUGUCAGGGGCCCUAUGUCCUCUCUAUGGCAGACUGUGCGCUGUGUCUUGCCAAAGAGACAUUCUUCAGGAGCAGGUGAACCACCACAAAUUAUUGAACCAGAGGAUCAUCAGCCUCCUUUAUGCUCUCCCUACUAAUGUGGAAAACAGCCAAGGCGAAGGCAGGCUGAGGCAGAGAAGAGCCAAGCACCUGGUUUAUGUCUUCCGAAGAGCUGUGAUUGCAGUUCUGGCCGCUAACAGGCUGAGGGCUCUGGCCCGAUAUUCUUGUACUUUUUUCGUGUGGACAGAUGGCUCCAGAGGAUGCACUGGAAUUCAAGUUUGUGUGGGAGAAUCCAGAGGCAGGCAUGUGUCAUGUUUUGAAGAGGAAGGAGUUGACUGUAUUGAAGCACUUGACUGGUUGACUAGCUCUAACCUCUAUACUGCAAUAGUCAGUUCCAUCUCUGAACUGGAGGAUGUUCUCAGUAAACAAGAUGCACGCUCCUGGCUUUCUGGACACUCCCUUAUCAGUGCAGCCAGGAACUGCUUUGCAAAACUGAUGGACAACCUGAGCAUACUGAUGGAGACAGUUCAAGGGAAACCUUGUGGGUGCAGAGCUUUCCUGGAGAGGGACUCCCUGAUACAGAGGCUGGCUCGUGGGCUCCGCAGAGUAAAUGCCCAGGCCCUGGAAGCUGGAUUGUAUGACAGACUGCCCAGCACAAGAAACAUAGCAAUCUUGCAGCAAGAAAUAUUUGAAUUUUCACGAAGGCUUCAUGCAGCAGAGGUAGAAUCCCACUCACUGCACCUGCAGCUUGCAGAAUGCAAAUGGAGUUGCAAUGAGAUGCAAAAAGAUGCUGAAAAAGCCCACAGACUGCAAGAGCAAUUAAAUGAACUUCAGCAUAAAAUCAACCAAGACAAUAUGCAGGAGGAGUUAAAUAAUGCUUUGCAGCGUGAGCAGGAGGCAAGAUUGCUUUUACAAGAGCACCAGCGACGGCUUCAGGAGCUGAGUAAUAGACUGGAAUCGUGCCCACUUAUCGACACAGAUAGAAGCCAAGUCUCCAGUGUAUCUCUGAUGAGACUCUCUAAUGCAGUGGAGGAGCUGAGGAGCAGAGACCGAGAUCUGGAUCACCAGAAGAGACUCCUGAAAGACACGAAGCAGGACCAGCAGUGGCUGCGGGAGACUCUUGAGGAGGCAGAACCUGCCCUUGAACAGGGAGUAAAAGACAAAGAGUUGAUCAUUAAUCAUAUGAAAGCUGUGGAGGCCACCCUGAAUGAGGCCAGAGAGCAGGCCAUGGCAUCAGGUGCUGCAGCAGCCACGCCGCUCCCCAGCCUGCAGCUGGAGACCCUUUCAGAGGAAGCAGUGAGGGACAGGCCAGAGGCUAUGGCAUUCCAGCACAUGCUUAGACCGUUUAUGGAUCUCUACUCACUGGCAGCUUCCAAAGUGAAAGCAUUAACAUCAGGAAGAGAAUCUUCACAGAUUCACUUUGAACCCUUAGCUGCUGAGCCUCUAACUCCUGCUGCUGAUGAAUCCUUGCAAGUUCACUUUGUGCCCCAAGCAGCUGGUUCACCUCCUCCUGCUGCUCCUUCUGCUCCUGAUGAAUCUUUGCAAGUUCACUUUGAACCUGAAGCAACUGGAUCACCACCUCCUCCUCCUGCUGCUGCUGAUAAUUUUCAGCUCCAUGUUUCACUUCAGGCAGCUGGCAGACCUAUUGCUGCUGCUGCUGCUCCUGCUGCUGCUCCUGCUGCUGCUGCUGCUCCUGCUGCUGCUCCUGCUCCUGCUGCUGCUCCUGCUCCUGCUGCUGCUCCUGCUCCUGCUGCUGCUCCUGCUGCUGCUGCUGCUCCUGCUCCUGCUGCUCCUGCUCCUGCUCCUGCUCCUGCUCCUGCUGCUGCUCCUGCUGCUGCUCCUGCUCCUGUUGAUAUUUUUCAGCCUCUCAUUUCACCCCAAGCAGCCACUGCACCUCCUGCUCCUACUCCUGCUCCUGAUGAAUCUUUGCAAGUUCACUUUGAACCAGAAGCAACUGGAUCGCCACCUCCUCCUCCUCCUCCUGCUGCUGCUGCUGCUCCUGCUGGAUCUUUUUGGGGUCGAAUUGGACCCCAGCUAGCCAGAACACCUCCAGCACAUGCUCGUGACAGUGAUGACUCUUUUCGACCUCUCUUCGUGCCCAAAGGAGCUGCUGCACCUCCUGGUCCUGCUCCUGUUGAUAUUUUUCGGGAUAACGUUGCACCCAAAGCACCCCGUACACCUGCUACUCCUGUUCCUGCUCCUGCUGAUAUUUUUCAGCCUUACAUUUCACCCCAAGCAGCUGGUACACUGCCAGCUCCUGCUCCUGCUCCCGCUCCUGUUGCAGCCAGUGCACCUCCUGCUCCUACUCCUGCUCCUGAUGGUACUUUUCAGCCUCUUUUUUCACUCCGAGCAGCCGGUAAACCCACUGCUCCUCCUUUUCCUUAUGAUGACUCAUUUCAGCGUCGCAUUGAACCCCAAGAAACUGGUACACCUCAUACUCCUGCUCCUGAUGACUCUUUUUGGCUUCCUGUUUCAUCUGAAGCAGCUUGUGCACCUCCUGCACCGGCUCAUGCUCAUGAUGGAUCUUUUUGGGGUCGAAUUGGACCCCAGCUAGCCAGAACACCUCCAGCACAUGCUCGUGACAGUGAUGACUCUUUUCGACCUCUCUUCGUGCCCAAAGGAGCUGCUGCACCUCCUGGUCCUGAAAGUGAUGAUAUUUUUCGGGUUAGCUUUGCUCCUAAAGCACCCCGUACACCUGCUACUCCUGUUCCUGCUCCUGCUGAUAUUUUUCAGCCUUACAUUUCACCCCAAGCAGCUGGUACACUGCCAGCUCCUGCUCCUGCUCCCGCUCCUGUUGCAGCCAGUGCACCUCCUGCUCCUACUCCUGCUCCUGAUGAAUCUUUUCAGCUUCUCCUUGUACUCCAAGGACCUAGUACACCUCAUAGUCCUGCUCCUGAUGAAUCCUUCCAGCUUCUAUUUGUACCCAGAGAAACCAGUACACCUCUUAGUCCUGCUACUGAUGGAAGCUGGGGAGAGCCAGGACACAGAACCUACAUUGAUUCUAGGACUGACACCACCUCCGGUGUGGCAACCUACAGAACCUCUACUGUGUUUGGAAGUGAUACAACAUCCAGUGUGACACCCUACAGAACCUAUACUGUGUCUGGAAGCGACAUUCCCUCCAGUGUGACACCCUACAGAACCUAUACUGUGUCUGGAAGUGACGUUCCCUCCAGUGUGACACCCUACAGAACCUAUACUGUGUCUGGAAGUGACGUUCCCUCCAGUGUGACACCCUACAGAACCUAUACUGUGUCUGGAAGUGACGUUCCCUCCAGUGUGACACCCUACAGAACCUAUACUGUGUCUGGAAGCGACGUAUCCUCCGAAUCCUUUCGGCUUCCCUUUGUGCCCCAAGGAACCAGUACACCUCGUGGUCCUGCUCCUGGAGCAAGCUGGGGAGAGCCAGGACACAGAACCUACAUUGAUUCUAGGACUGACACAACCUCCGGAGUGGCAACCUACAGAACCUCUACUGUGUUUGGAAGUGAUACAACAUCCAGUGUGACACCCUACAGAACCUAUACUGUGUCUGGAAGUGACGUUCCCUCCAGUGUGACACCCUACAGAACCUAUACUGUGUCUGGAAGUGACGUUCCCUCCAGUGUGACACCCUACAGAACCUAUACUGUGUCUGGAAGUGACGUUCCCUCCAGUGUGACACCCUACAGAACCUAUACUGUGUCUGGAAGUGACGUUCCCUCCAGUGUGACACCCUACAGAACCUUUACUGUGUCUGGAAGUGACGUUCCCUCCAGUGUGACACCCUACAGAACCUAUACUGUGUCUGGAAGCGAUGUUCCCUCCAGUGUGACACCGUACAGAACCUUUACUGUGUCUGGAAGCGAUGUUCCCUCCAGUGUGACACCCUACAGAACCUAUACUGUGUCUGGAAGCGACGUUCCCUCCAGUGUGACACCCUACAGAACCUAUACUGUGUCUGGAAGCGAUAUAUCCGCCGAAUCCUUUCGGCUUCCCUUUGUGCCCCAAGGAACCAGUACACCUCGUGGUCCUGCUCCUGGAGCAAGCUGGGGAGAGCCAGGACACAGAACCUACAUUGAUUCUAGGACUGACACAACCUCCGGAGUGGCAACCUACAGAACCUCUACUGUGUUUGGAAGUGAUACAACAUCCAGUGUGACACCCUACAGAACCUAUACUGUGUCUGGAAGUGACGUUCCCUCCAGUGUGACACCCUACAGAACCUAUACUGUGUCUGGAAGUGACGUUCCCUCCAGUGUGACACCCUACAGAACCUAUACUGUGUCUGGAAGUGACGUUCCCUCCAGUGUGACACCCUACAGAACCUAUACUGUGUCUGGAAGCGACGUUCCCUCCAGUGUGACACCGCACAGAACCUAUACUGUGUCUGGAAGCGAGGUUCCCUCCAGUGUGACACCCUACAGAACCUAUACUGUGUCUGGAAGUGACGUUCCCUCCAGUGUGACACCCUACAGAACCUAUACUGUGUCUGGAAGUGACGUUCCCUCCAGUGUGACACCCUACAGAACCUAUACUGUGUCUGGAAGCGACAUAUCCUCUGAAUCCUUUCGGCUUCCCUUUGUGCCCCAAGGAACCAGUACACCUCGUGGUCCUGCUCCUGAUGCAAGCUGGGGAGAGCCAGGACACAGAACCUACAUUGAUUCUAGGACUGACACCACCUCCGGAGUGGCAACCUACAGAACCUCUACUGUGUUUGGAAGUGAUACAACAUCCAGUGUGACACCCUACAGAACCUAUACUGUGUCUGGAAGUGACGUUCCCUCCAGUGUGACACCCUACAGAACCUAUACGGUGUCUGGAAGUGACGUUCCCUCCAGUGUGACACCCUACAGAACCUAUACUGUGUCUGGAAGCGACAUUCCCUCCAGUGUGACACCCUACAGAACCUAUACUGUGUCUGGAAGCGACGUAUCCUCCGAAUCCUUUUGGCUUCCCUUUGUGCCCCAAGGAACCAGUACACCUCGUGGUCCUGCUCCUGGAGCAAGCUGGGGAGAGCCAGGACACAGAACCUACAUUGAUUCUAGGACUGACACAACCUCCGGAGUGGCAACCUACAGAACCUCUACUGUGUUUGGAAGUGAUACAACAUCCAGUGUGACACCCUACAGAACCUAUACUGUGUCUGGAAGUGACGUUCCCUCCAGUGUGACACCCUACAGAACCUAUACUGUGUCUGGAAGUGACGUUCCCUCCAGUGUGACACCCUACAGAACCUAUACUGUGUCUGGAAGUGACGUUCCCUCCAGUGUGACACCCUACAGAACCUAUACUGUGUCUGGAAGUGACGUUCCCUCCAGUGUGACACCCUACAGAACCUAUACUGUGUCUGGAAGUGACGUUCCCUCCAGUGUGACACCCUACAGAACCUAUACUGUGUCUGGAAGCGACGUUCCCUCCAGUGUGACACCGUACAGAACCUUUACUGUGUCUGGAAGCGAUGUUCCCUCCAGUGUGACACCCUACAGAACCUAUACUGUGUCUGGAAGCGAUGUUCCCUCCAGUGUGACACCGUACAGAACCUUUACUGUGUCUGGAAGCGAUGUUCCCUCCAGUGUGACACCCUACAGAACCUAUACUGUGUCUGGAAGCGAUGUUCCCUCCAGUGUGACACCGUACAGAACCUUUACUGUGUCUGGAAGCGAUGUUCCCUCCAGUGUGACACCCUACAGAACCUAUACUGUGUCUGGAAGUGACGUUCCCUCCAGUGUGACACCCUACAGAACCUAUACUGUGUCUGGAAGCGACGUUCCCUCCAGUGUGACACCCUACAGAACCUAUACUGUGUCUGGAAGCGAUAUAUCCGCCGAAUCCUUUCGGCUUCCCUUUGUGCCCCAAGGAACCAGUACACCUCGUGGUCCUGCUCCUGAUGCAAGCUGGGGAGAGCCAGGACACAGAACCUACAUUGAUUCUAGGACUGACACCACCUCCGGAGUGGCAACCUACAGAACCUCUACUGUGUUUGGAAGUGAUACAACAUCCAGUGUGACACCCUACAGAACCUAUACUGUGUCUGGAAGCGAUGUUCCCUCCAGUGUGACACCCUACAGAACCUAUACUGUGUCUGGAAGCGACAUUCCCUCCAGUGUGACACCCUACAGAACCUAUACUGUGUCUGGAAGCGACAUUCCCUCCAGUGUGACACCCUACAGAACCUAUACUGUGUCUGGAAGUGACGUUCCCUCCAGUGUGACACCCUACAGAACCUAUACUGUGUCUGGAAGCGACGUAUCCUCCGGUGUGUCACCCUACAGAACCUAUACUGUGUCUGGAAGCGACGUAUCCUCCGAAUCCUUUCGGCUUCCCUUUGUGCCCCAAGGAACCAGUACACCUCGUGGUCCUGCUCCUGGAGCAAGCUGGGGAGAGCCAGGACACAGAACCUACAUUGAUUCUAGGACUGACACAACCUCCGGAGUGGCAACCUACAGAACCUCUACUGUGUUUGGAAGUGAUACAACAUCCAGUGUGACACCCUACAGAACCUAUACUGUGUCUGGAAGUGACGUUCCCUCCAGUGUGACACCCUACAGAACCUAUACUGUGUCUGGAAGUGACGUUCCCUCCAGUGUGACACCCUACAGAACCUAUACUGUGUCUGGAAGUGACGUUCCCUCCAGUGUGACACCCUACAGAACCUAUACUGUGUCUGGAAGUGACGUUCCCUCCAGUGUGACACCCUACAGAACCUUUACUGUGUCUGGAAGCGACGUUCCCUCCAGUGUGACACCCUACAGAACCUUUACUGUGUCUGGAAGCGACGUUCCCUCCAGUGUGACACCCUACAGAACCUUUACUGUGUCUGGAAGCGAUAUAUCCGCCGAAUCCUUUCGGCUUCCCUUUGUGCCCCAAGGAACCAGUACACCUCGUGGUCCUGCUCCUGAUGCAAGCUGGGGAGAGCCAGGACACAGAACCUACAUUGAUUCUAGGACUGACACCACCUCCGGAGUGGCAACCUACAGAACCUCUACUGUGUUUGGAAGUGAUACAACAUCCAGUGUGACACCCUACAGAACCUAUACUGUGUCUGGAAGUGACGUUCCCUCCAGUGUGACACCCUACAGAACCUAUACUGUGUCUGGAAGUGACGUUCCCUCCAGUGUGACACCCUACAGAACCUAUACUGUGUCUGGAAGCGACGUUCCCUCCAGUGUGACACCCUACAGAACCUAUACUGUGUCUGGAAGUGACGUUCCCUCCAGUGUGACACCCUACAGAACCUAUACUGUGUCUGGAAGUGACGUUCCCUCCAGUGUGACACCCUACAGAACCUAUACUGUGUCUGGAAGCGACGUAUCCUCCGGCUUCUUUCACCCUCGCAUGGAACCCCAAGUGGCUGGUACACCUAGUACUCCCACUCCUGCUCCUAACGGAUCUUUUUGGGGUCGAAUUGGACCCCAGCUAGCCAGAACACCUCCAGCACAUGCUCGUGACAGUGAUGACUCUUUUCGACCUCUCUUCGUGCCCAAAGGAGCUGCUGCACCUCCUGGUCCUGAAAGUGAUGAUAUUUUUCGGGUUAGCUUUGCUCCUAAAGCACCCCGUACACCUGCUACUCCUGUUCCUGCUCCUGCUGAUAUUUUUCAGCCUUACAUUUCACCCCAAGCAGCUGGUAGACCUCCAGCUCCUAUUCCUGCUCCUGAAGCACACUGGAGAGUGCCUAGCCACAGAGCCUGUAGUGUAUCUGGAACCCACGUACCUUCCAUUGUGGUAGCAGGCAGGACCUACAGUGUCUCUGAAACCAACACACCCUCCAGUGUGACACCAGGCAGAUUCUACAGUGUGUCUGAAACCAACAUACCCUCCAGUGUGACACCAGGCAGAUUCUACAGUGUCUCUGAAACCAACACACCCUCCAGUGUGACACCAGGCAGAUUCUACAGUGUCUCUGAAACCAACAUACCCUCCAGUGUGACACCAGGCAGAUUCUACAGUGUCUCUGAAACCAACAUACCCUCCAGUGUGACACCAGGCAGAUUCUACAGUGUGUCUGAAACCAACACACCCUCCAGUGUGACACCAGGCAGAACAGGUUUUGGGUCAUCAAUGGGCAGAGUCAUCAACCUGACACCAACCAGAACCAAUACUGGGUCAUCAGUGGAUGCAUCCUCCCAUAUGAGACAAAACAGAGCUCUUACUGUGCCUUCAGGCAACAUGUCCUCCAGUCUGACAGGGAAUAGAGCUGGUACUGGGUCUUCAGUCAACACAUCCUUCCGUUUCAAACCACGAAGAAGCAGUUCUUUGCCUUAAGUCAGACCUUCCAGUCAGGAUGUCUUACCCAGCACCAGAAGAAAUCAGGAAAUUUAAUUAUCAGAUGUGACAGAUUUCUUCAUCAAAAUACUAGCUUCUCUUCAGAAAGAAAAUACCUCAGCAAUGCAAAAAGAUCUAAAUAAAGUACAGUCUUACCUAC